CACUAUAAAUACAGAUACACCAACGAUCAUCUUCUCGAUCACCACAAUGGACUUCGACAUCACCUUCCUGGUCCUCAUCUCCUCUCUCAUUCUUUCAUUCUUCGUUAUUCUUAAGAGAAAACGCAAUGCUUCAAAAUCUAUAAACCUCCCACCAGGUCCACCAAAACUACCCAUCAUCGGAAACGUCCACCAGAUCGCCGGAGCACUGCCGCACCAUGCAUUCCGUGACUUAGCCAAGAAAUACGGUCCCAUCAUGCACAUGCAACUCGGCCAGAUCUCCGCCAUCAUCGUCUCGUCACCUCGGUUAGCCAAAGAAGUCUUCAAAACCAACGAUCUCGCACUAGCCAGCCGUCCGUAUGCACUUGUGGCCGAUAUUGUGUUGUAUGGGAGCUCCGACGUUGCUCUUGGCCCUUACGGUGAUUACUGGAGACAAAUGAAGAAGAUGAUCACCGUUGAACUUUUAAGCGCCAAGAAAGUCCGGUCGUUCAGUGGAUUCCGGGAACAAGAGGCCGACCAUUUCAUUGAGUUCAUUCGAUCGACCUGCGGAAAACCGGUGAUCUUACGUAAUAAGGUAACGGGAAUGAUCAACAACAUCGUGUGCAAAUCUUCGUUUGGUGGUAACUGUAAACAACAAGAUGUAUUGAUCGAAGUUGUGGAUGAGUUGGGGAGAUUGGUGAGCGGGUUUUAUGUUGCAGAUCUGUUUCCUGAGUUUGGAUUCCUUUCGGUCAUUUCUGGAUUGAAAUCCAAGCUGACGCAGCUUCACAAGAGUCUUGAUAAGAUUUUUGAGGAAAUCUUUGAGGAACGGAAAAUCAAAAGACAAAGUAACAAAGAAUCCGAAGACGAUCUGCUUGAUGUUCUUCUCACCAUCAAAGAGAACGGUGGCUUACAGUUCCCUAUCACAGACGACAACAUCAAAGCUGUUUUUGUGAAUAUGUUUAGCGGAGGCACCGAUACAAGUGCUAUGACAAUCGAAUGA